ACACACGCCGCCCGGCUGCCUGCCGAAAGCUCAGCUCGGCAACCCACCACUGCCGGACCGAACCUACCCCGCAGCGGUCCGGACACAGGUCCCGCCAUCCACCAGUGGGCGGGGUGGGGGACGCGUAUCAAAAGCACAGCGCCGUACUCGCCGAUGCGCCUCGCGGCUGGCUUGCUGCCGCAGCCUCUUCUCAGACCAACCACAUCCGGACUCAAUAUGGCCACCCAACUUCCCCCGCUCCCGGAAGUCGAGCGCCUCGCCGUCGGGUGCAUCCGCAUCCUGGGCGGCAACCCCGGCAAAUUCACGCUGCAGGGCACCAACACCUACCUGCUCGGCACGGGGCCGCGCCGCCUGCUGAUCGACACGGGCGAGGGCAAGCCGUCCUGGAUCGCCGCGCUCAAGCGCGUGCUGGCGGAGGAGCGCGCCUCGAUCGACAGCGCCAUCCUCACGCACUGGCACCGCGACCACACCGGCGGCGUGCCGGACCUCCUGCAGGCGUGGCCGGGCGUCCCGGUCUUCAAGCGCCACCCGGAGCCCGGCCAGCGCGACAUCGCCGACGGGCAGACCUUCGCCGUGGAGGGCGCGUGCGUGCGCGCGGUGCACACGCCGGGCCACACGGCCGACCACGUGGUCCUGCUGUGGGAGCGGCAGGCGGAUGAUGGCGAUGAUGGUCCGGACGGGGCAGAGUCCGACGUCCUGUUCACGGGCGACAGCGUGCUGGGCCACGGCACGGCCGUGUUCGAGGACCUCGCCGAGUACCUGGCCAGCCUGGAGAGGAUGCGCCGGCUGUUCCGCCGCGGCGGGGGCCGGGCGUUCCCCGGCCACGGGGCCGUUGUCGCGGACGGGCCGGGCAAGAUCGCCGAGUAUAUCCAGCACCGCGCGCAGCGCGAGGAGCAGGUCCUGCAGACGCUCCGCGGGGCGAGGCCUGGCGAGAGCGAGGCAGAAAAUGGAGGUCCUGGUGGGGCUGUGAAGGACGGUAGCGGGAAUGCGAAUGGGGCCUGGACCGUGAUGGAGCUCGUCAGGUCCAUCUACCGGGAUGUGCCGGAGAGUUUGCAUCCCGCGGCUGCGGGUGGGGUUGUGCAGAUUUUGCAGAAGCUACGGAAGGAAGGGAAGGUAUUGGCCGUGGCCGAUGGUGAUGGCGAGAGAUGGAGACUUGCAGGUUCGGGCUCCGGCUUGGGCCGACCUGCUCUGUGAAAAUCUAGGCCCGCGGCCAGGGCUGUUCCCUACCUUUCGAAAAGUGCGGCUGUACCUUGCAGUUUUACACUUAUUCUGCGCAGAAAUGGUCGGGGCGGCUGUUCCGGCAUUUUGGAAUGUCGACGGCAGUGGCUUGGUGCCGCCGUUCAGCCCUACGGCAAUCAGCCUCGGACGCAAGCGGUGCCGUGACGUCAGAUCCGAGAGGCGGAUCUCGAUUUGCAUCUCGCAGCAACCAGCUUGC